CAGCCGCCUGAAGAUCAAAAUGAAGACUGCAAUGAUGACUCUGAUCAAACACUACGCCGCGACUGUUGCCUCCAUCGUAAUUUUGCUGCAAGCCGCAACAUUGUACACAGAUGCAUCUCAUAUGCUGCAAAAUUCACAAGGUCAACAUGAGCCUGAUGAGGUGGGACCGCAGUUUCUGGCACAGCUGACCAAUAUAACUGUACCACAGGGCCGUGACAUUUCCUUCACCUGCGUUGUGGACAACUUGGGACAAUAUCGGGUGGCUUGGAUUAAAUCCGAUUCAAAAGCAAUACUUGGUAUACACACACAUAUGGUCUCUCUAAAUCCGAGAUUAUCAGUGACACACAAUGGCCACAACACCUGGAAACUUCACAUAUCCCACGUGCAGCUAAACGAUUCCGGCAGCUACAUGUGCCAAGUUAAUACAGAUCCCAUGAAGAGCCUGUCUGGCUAUUUGGAUGUGGUGGUGCCUCCGGAUAUUAUCAACCAGCCCGAUCAUAAUAUCGACGAAGGGGUUAGCACGGAAGGCGGCACAAUUUCUCUACAGUGCAGUGCAACAGGUGUGCCCGAUCCCAUGGUGCAGUGGCGACGCGAGGGCGGCAAGGACAUAAUGCUGCGUACGGAGAGUAGAGACAAACAAGCGCUAAAGUCCGUGGAUGGCGAAAGGCUGCAGCUAACGAAUGUACAUCGCACCGAUAUGGGAGGAUAUCUGUGCAUAGCUUCGAAUGGAGUGCCGCCUUCGGUUAGCAAGCGCUUUGAUGUGCAUGUGAACUUUCCACCGACAAUUAAGGCCGUUAAUCAAUUGGUGGGUGCACCCGUGGAGCGAGAGGUUACCUUGGAGUGUAUUGUCGAAGUGUAUCCCAAACCACUCAACGGCUGGUAUCGUAAUGAAGGCAACAUUAAGCUGCACAAUGGCAACAAGUACAACAUAUCGGAGGCCAUGAUUAACCUGUAUAUGUGGCACCUCAAUCUCACCAUACGACAUCUGACCAAGGCGGACUUCGGGGCAUACAGCUGCUCCAGCGUGAAUGCGCUGGGCAAGAGCGAGGCGCGUAUUCGCUUGCAAGAAUUACGAUUACCGCCCAAGUCGACAACGACGGCAACACCUCACGUGCACACUACGGCCAAAGCGCGUCGGAAGCAGCAGCCCGGCCACAACAAGGGACUGAACGAAGUGGUGCGUGCUAAGGAAACCCAUUUCUCAAAUCAAAUGCAGCAAGAGAACGAUGUAUUCGGCAGCGGUAUUGGUGUGCCCCAAAGCGCCAACGGAGCAGGAGCUGCUGGAGCUGCUGCUGGCGGUGGUGGUGCUGGCGCUGGUGGUGGUAUUGUGGCAAGUGGAAACGUCAACGGCAUGAUAAACGGAGCGGAAGUGCAUACGCAGCUUCCGGCACGCAAUGGAUACGAUAAAACUUACAAGUCGCCGGGCGUGGCGCCCUCCCUGCGGCCGCCUUGGAACCACGCGUCCGCGGGGUCCCAGCUGCUGGCCUGCUCCACGAUAGCGACAAAUACUCUGAUGGCUUUUUUCUGCAUAUUGUCUAUGUAUUCGCUUAAGCUCAUUUAA